AUGGAAGCUAUGAAGGAAAUGCCCAAUCUCCUGUUGGCUAAAACGUCGGGGUUCUUUUCUCGGCGCCCCAAUCUCCGUCCUCCUGUGGUAACAACAGACACCCUGGACAUUCGCAUUACCCAACGAUCCGAUAUCGAGGAAGCUAUCAAGGCACUACGAUCGGGGAUCUACGAUGAAGCAACAACAAAGGUUCACAUAACGAAGUCAACGGAUAAGAAAUUCAAGAGUCGGUUGUAUUCCAGGUUGCUUGCAGCCAUUAGCCGUAUCCCCAACCUGCAGGAGCUCUCGAUUAAAGGUGAACUUGAUGCAUGGCAAUACAACCUGCCAUUGCCAGCAGGCGCAAUUAGAAAGCUACUAUUACUUUCUUCCCAAACUAUCCGCAGGAUCAGGCUUCAAAACGUCAGCUUUGUCGCCCGGAAAAGGGGUACCUCGUUCGGUCAGACUCAUCCCGAAGCCCAAGCUCUGUUUGACUCAAUGCGACAACUGAAGCGCCUGGAGGAAAUUGAAGUCACCAAUUGCAGUCUUAACUUCCGCUACGAUGGCUAUGUCGUUUCCAACGGCUUGAAGCUGAGACAUCUCCUGCUUCCACUGGCGCCGCUUCCGUCGCUGAAGAAAAUCGCCUUUUCUUGCUAUGGAUACGACCCAAGAGACCAGGACCCGGCGCGUUGCAUCUUGCCGCCGUUCUUCCGAUCCUGCCUUUCAUUGGAAGAACUGGUUCUUUCAGGUUUUCCUAUUGAUGAAGCUGCUUGGAAAGACAUGGUUCCCAACAUACUUCAAAGGAAAUGCCUCAAGAAAUUACACCUUGAUCGGUGUGAUUUGACCUCGGGUUGCCUUGAAGACUUUCUGGGACUGUUGGGACCUGACUCGCCACUGAUAGAUUUUGAGUUCAAACCGUGUCUCAGUGAUGAGGCUUCGAACCGUUGGGACUCCUUGGGUGGAUUCUACCAUAUUGACCCUUCCCCUUGGGGCGCCACUGUCGACAAGGACACUCCCCAGCUCUCUUGGAGGCGGCUUUUGACCGAAGCAAUCCCCGAUGCACUCCGAUCCAACACCAGAUUGCGCAGACUCAGGAUCAAAGCAGAGGGAAGGGUUAAUAUGCGUGUCCCCGUCGAGAUACAGCAGCCUUGGCUAGGGCUUGUGGAAGGUCCCGGGAAGUCUUUGAAUGACUUUGGCUUUUCAAGAAACGAUGAAUACUACUUCCAUUAUGAGUCCGAGGAGCUUGCGGCGAAGUUUGAGCUCUAUCAGAAGCUCGCCAGAUACGGUUUUAGGGAACUGGAGGUGGUCGGGGAGCGGGACCGAAGCGCAAUCCAGAUCUUGUCCAAUGCGUCGGAAGACGUGCCAUGCUUGUUUCACAUCCUGAGGGAACAUCCUUCGUUGUGCAACGGGUGA